UUUUCAAGCAGUAUCAUGGCUUGGGUCGUUUAUUUUUUAAUUUAUUUUAUUUCUUGCAGAUUACCUAAAUUAUGAGAUUUCACUCUAUUGAUUCCAUGGAAGAUCUUCAAUAGAUCUUUUAGGGUAAAAUGGUUUAAGUAAGUUUUGUGAACGAUUAUGUAACACAAAAACUAUACGUAUAUACAUAAAACAAUAUUAUUACAUUCUUUACCUACUCUGUGCAGUGUGUAAUUGUGUACUCGAUGACGACGCUGUCAACGUUGCAAAAAUGCAAUCAAUGCCCAGUUCUUUAAUUAAUCUUUAAUAUCAGUGGUGAAACAGUGAACAUCAAAGUAGUCCACCAUGUCGAGCAGCAGGGCGCCGUCCCUGAAGCCCCUCGUCUCCAACACGAGGAUCAUGUUCAGUCUGCUCCCGGGACUCGGGGCUAUGAUCAUCUUCCGCAUGGCCAUCCAUCUGUACAGACCGGACAUCGAAGACGCAGAGCAUCGCGUGAGGGACCAUCCCUUCGAACAUCUAUACGAGUGCUACGAUUUCAUCAUAGUCGGAGGUGGAUCGGCAGGAUGUGUUUUAGCUGAUCGACUUUCAGAGAACCCCCAAUGGAAUGUGCUGUUACUGGAAGCCGGACAAGAUGAGAAUGUUCUAUCAGAGGUACCAGUGAUGUUCCCUGUUCUUCAAACUUCUUCUAUAGAUUGGCAAUUUGUAACGGAACCUAGUGAAGAAUAUUGCUUAAGCAUGUUGGAUAAGAGAUGUAAGUGGCCGCGCGGCAAGGUACUCGGAGGAUGCAGCGCGAUAAAUGCGAUGCUUUAUAUCAGGGGAAACAAACGCGAUUACGACAACUGGGAAGCGAUGGGGAAUCCAGGCUGGUCUUACAAAGAAGUCUUGCCAUAUUUCUUAAAAUCUGAAAACAUGGCCAUUCCCGAAUACAAGGAGAACCCGUACCAUGCUACAGAGGGCCGGCUUACAGUUGAAUAUUUUAGGUACGAACAGCCAAUAACAAAGAAAAUUCUAGAAGCGGGCCAGGAACUAGGAUACAAUAUUUUGGAUGUGAAUGGAGAGUAUCAAACGGGAUUUACACGGUCACAUGCAACUGUGCGCGAAGGUCUCCGAUGCAGCGCCGCAAAAGCGUUUUUAAGACCGGCAGCCAAAAGGCCUAACCUACAUGUAAGUGUGCAUUCUUUAGUGGAAAAAAUACUUAUUGACGAACAUAAAAGAGCCUACGGUGUUAAAUUUGUAAAACACGGAAUUCAAAAGAUUGUAAAAGCAAGAAGAGAAGUAAUCUUAUCAAGUGGUGCUAUACAAUCUCCUCAACUGCUGAUGUUGUCAGGAAUCGGUGACGCCGAGCAUUUAAAAGAGCUAGGAAUUCAUCCAAUAGCAAAUCUCCCUGGUGUAGGGCAAAAUCUACAAGACCAUGUUGCGAUGGGCGGCAACUCUUUUCUUUUUGAUAAUCCGUACACGAACGGAACUGACUAUUGCUUCAAUUUGAACAGUGUAUUUAGUAUUGGCAGUUUAAUUGAUUUUUCAAUACAUAAGUCAGGACAACUGUACAGUAUGAUGGAAGCAGAAGCGAUGGCAUUUGUGAACACCAAGUAUCAGGAUCCGAGUGAAGAUUACCCAGAUAUUCAAUUGUUUAUAGCUCCAACAGCAGAUAACAUGGAUGGAGGGAUAUUUGGCAAACGAGCAAACGGAUUGACAGACGAGACCUAUGCCGAACUUUACGAGGAUAUUUUAUUCGAAUCUUCGUUUUCUGUUGUGCCUUUACUGCUGCGACCUAAAAGUAAAGGGUUUUUGAAGCUGAGGGAUUCAAAUCCUUAUUCGCCGCCGCGUAUAUAUCCCAAUUACUAUAGUCAUCCAGACGAUGUAAAAGUUAUGACGGAGGGGGCCCGUAUAGUGGCAGCGCUAGCCGAGCAACCAGCGCUCCGCCUCCUGAAUACCCGCCCGAACCCCAACAGGACUCCAGGGUGCGCCAAGCACGAGUUCCUCUCCGACGAACAUCUGGAGUGCGUGGCGCGGCACCACACGCUGACCAUCUACCAUCCUGUGGGCACUUGCGCUAUGGGGCCGGCGGAUGAUCCAGAUGCCGUUGUCGAUCCCAGGCUAAGGGUUUAUGGUGUUAAAAACCUACGUGUCGUAGAUGGCAGCAUCAUGCCCAAGAUUGUCAACGGUAAUACCAACGCACCGAUCAUCAUGAUAGCAGAAAAGGCUUCAGACAUGAUCAAAGAAGACUGGUACAAUAAUCAAGAUGAACUCGCUGACUGCACCGUACAACAGUACAGACAACAUCAAUCGAAACACUCCGAGGACCAAGGACCCGCUAAAGUUGACCCCUAUAACAAAAACUCUACUAAAGAUGAUUCCGUGAACGAAGAACCUACUAGAAUAGAUCUAAUUCGCCCCGAUUUUUUCAAUGAAACAAGUCAUCUGUUCCCCAACUUACCCAGUGAUACACAUUAUGCUACGCGUAAAACCAAAAACGAUAACAAAAGUCCUGCGGCUCGUGAAAACGAACCAAAACACAAAGAACCUGAUAUGAAAAGUAGCCCCACCAAAGUUAACUUGAACAACAUAGACCCAGUGUUGCAGUUAGUAUAUCCACCUGAGUAUUUUGUGAACCAACCGACCAAGUAUAACCUUCCGAAGUUUCAGCCAUACCCAUACAAACCUGCUAAUCUGCUUAAGCCUAAGAGGCCGAAUCACCGAUUACUACCACAUACCAACCCGCUUAAAUGGUAUAAACCUACAUACUAUCGACCAACACCAAUAAAGAGACCGUCGCUUUUUAUUAAUCCGUACGAUUACCCGAUAGUGGAAAAGGAGGAGCCAUUUUAUGAGACAGAAGAAAUAAUAACGCCCAAGGGUCAGAAAAGUUGUAGAAUAUGGUUAUAUUAUGAUGGCCUUAAAUACGAAGUAACCUUGUAAGUUUACGAGUUAGAAACCUAGAAAGUCACAAAAUACCAUUACUAGACAAAAAACUUGGUUGCGGCAUAAACUCUAAUCUAUUUAUCUAUUUUAUCUGCUCACAUAUCAUAAAAAAAUCGGAUCCAUUAUACUCUGGCACAGCGACCUUGUUAGUAGAAAAUUUGAAUUUCGUGCCUUUUUCUACUGUCAAGUUGGGUGUGUUUCAGUAUAUUUUUCGCUCAGUUCACUGUAUUUACGCUCAGGGUAGACGACAUGCCUACGCGUUCCGCGAUACGCACGGUUUAUGAAUGCACUUUUUAAAAAACAAGUUUGAUGCGGUCGCGAUCCUCACAAAUAAGGGAACAUGAAAACCUGUACAUUUUCAUAUUUCCUUUUUUAUUUAUUUAUUGCAGUUAUACUUAUUAUCAGGUAUUUUGCUUAUAAGUUAGCGCCACUAAAGAGUAUUACGUUAAUGCGUGGAUUGGCCACUAAAACGCUAUAUUAUGAGCGCACCUAACAUCGAAUUUACUAGCAAUAGUUAUUUUUGCCCCAGUGUAAACUUGGCUUACUUGACCUAAUCCCAGUUUUUCAUAAUAAGUUAUUUAGUAUGUUUAGUUAGAUUAUGAUUGUUUUAUAUUAAACAAUAAAUUAUUCAAAAUAC